AAUCUUUAUCUCUUCCCCUUUACCCGGGAUUAUACUCUCUUUAUCUCUUCCCCUUUUCAGGGAUUUCCUUUAUCUCUUCCCCUUUUUCAGGGAUUCUACUCCUCCACUACUCUGUAUAAAUACGCCUAUGUGUUCAUUAAUAAAGUGCAGCUUUGAGUUCGAAUAUGACUUUAUUAUGGUAUCAAAGCCUACUGCUUAACCAAAAGGAGUAUACAUGGCACAACCAAAAGGAUCUGUUGAUGCUAAUAAUCCAAAUCAUGUGUGCAAACUGCACAAGUCAUUAUAUGGUCUCAAACAAGCUCCGUGUGCUUGGUACCAUGAACUGUCCAACUUCUUGUUAAGUAUGGGUUUCAGGGUGUGCUCCUCUGAUAAUUGUUUAUUUAUCUUCUCUGUAGCUGGAAUAAUUUGUAUCUCAUUGUAUAUGUAUAUGACUUAAUAGUUAUAGGCAAUAAUUUGAAGGCCAUUGACAGGUUCAUUGCAAAGCUUGGAACCGGAUUUUCAAUUAAAGAUCUUGGUUCUCUUGCUUAUUUUCUUGGUAUUCAGGCUACUCGUACAUCUACUGGUUUGUUUCUGUCGCAAAGGAAAUAUAUUGAAGAUAUUGUACAAAAGGCUUCUAUGGUAGGUGCAAAUCCAGUUGCUACACCUCUGGCAGCCACUAACUCAUUGCAGCCUGACGAUAGUGCACCAAUAAGUGAUCCACAUGAUUACAGGAUGCUUGUUGGUUCCUUGCAAUACUUAGCAUUAACUAGACCAGACAUCGCCUUUUCCACCACGCGUCUUGCUCAAUUCUCUCAUCGUCCUACUGUCAAGCAUUGACAAGAUCUCAAAAGGGUGAUCAGGUAUCUUCUUGGUACCAUUGACAAGGGUAUUUUCUUUCACAAAGACUCUCCUUUAACUCUUCAUGCCUUCUCGGAUGCGGAUUGGGCUGGUAAUCGUGAUGAUCGCACGUCUACGAGUGCUCACAUAAUUUUUCUUGGGAAGAAUCCAGUUGCUUGGAGCUCUAAAAUCAGCGUUUUGUUGUUCGCUCGUCGACAGAGGAUGAAUAUCGCUCGGUUGCAUCUACAGCUGCUGAACUUUGUUGGUUGAGGAACUUAUUUAAGGAACUAGCUGUCUCCUUUUGUCGUCCUCUAGUGAUAUAUUGUGACAACUUGGGUUCUACUUAUUUGUGUGCUAAACCAGUUUUCCAUUCACGAAUGAAACACUUAGAAGUUGAUUUUCACUUUGUGCGUGAUUUGGUGAAGAAAGGUCUUCUUUGUGUUGCUCAUAUCUCUACCAAGGAUCAACUUGCGGACAUUCUAACUAAACCUCUUUCUCGUUUCGAGUUUGACAGGUUGAGGAACAAGAUCGGCGUCUGUACUCGGCCGACCAAUUGCCCAUCUUGAGGGGGUAUAUUAGAUAGAAAGCUUAGAUUAGAUUAAUCUUUAUCUCUUCCCCUUUAUCUGGGAUUAUACUCCCUUUAUCUCUUCCCCUUUUCCUUGGAUUCCCUUUAUCUCUUCCCUUUUUCAGGGAUUCUACUCCUCCACUGCUCUGUAUAAAUACGCCUAUGUGUUCAUUAAUAACGUGCAGCUUUGAGUUCAAAUAUAACUUUAUUACACACAACAUCAUUUAAAUUGAAUGUAAUGAAAUGAUUUUCAAACUCAAAUUUGGUAUAUAAUGAUCAAAUGCUCAACUUAUGGUAAUUGGAUUGAGUAGACUAAAUUUAUGCAUCACAAACAUUAAAUGAACACUUCAAGAGAAUAAAUUAAUUUGUUCUUCAUUUAAAUUAGCAUUAUUUUCAGCCAUUAUGCUUUAUUUAGAAAUAUAUUUUAAACUUAGGGGAUAAAAUUGAAUAUGAAACAUUAGGAAGAAGUCAAAGAAAACAGACUAGAAGGCACCAAAUCCAAAUCAAUUAACUAUUCCUGUAAAAGGGCACAUAAAGUUAACUUCACAGAUGGGUGAAAAAGAUUCCACUCCAGCUAAAAGAACAGAAAAAUGAGAGAAAAAUUUGAGAAAAAGCACAAAGAGCCACGACGAUUGGCAGCAGCAGCACAUUCUUUUAAAGAUGAAGCAAAGGUGUAAAAAGAAAGCAAGAGAGAAAAGCUUCUUUCAUUGUUCUACUCUUUACGUAUAUCUCAGUGAGAACAUGGUCGUGGUGUUUAUCUGUCAGAAUACUGUUACAAAAAAUGGAGAAUGGUUGUUUGCUGUCUCUUUCAGCUGUGUAACACAUUUUCUUUAUGGAUUUUACGCAUUUGAUCUUUUCAUAUCAAAAUAAAGUUUCAUAUCGAAAUGGAAGAGCGUAUGAAGAAGUAUAGGCAAUUGAGUCCAGAGAGAGCUAAAGUGUGGACUGAGAAACCGCCCAAAUAUGUGCAGCAGCAGCCCCAAAAGAAUGAUGGCAAAGUGCCAGUGGUAUAUUAUCUAUGUAGAAAUCAACGGCUUGAGCAUCCUCAUUUCAUGGAAGUACCCUUGUCUUCGCCUGAUGGCCUAUACUUGAGAGAUGUAAUCGUGAGGUUUAACGUUUUGAGAGGCAGAGGAAUGGCUUCGUCGUACUCUUGGUCCUGUAAGAGAAGCUACAAGAACAGAUUUGUGUGGCAUGAUCUUUGUGAAGAUGACCUGAUUCUUCCUGCUCAUGGUAAUGAAUAUGUUCUCAAAGGCUCAGAGCUUUGUGAAGAAUCCAAUUCAGGUCACUGCAGUCCAGCGAAAAAUGACAGAUUGUCAAAUCCGAAAGUAUUACCAGAACCUUCAUCCUCUAGGAGCCAAGAUAAUUCCUUUCCUUCGUCUAGUACGGAUGAAAGAAGUGCGAAGAAUUCUUGUAAAGGUGAACCAUCAGUUCCAAUUCCAGGUGCUUUGGAUGUAACCCCAGAGUCCAGAUCUGCUAAUUGUUCUUCAUGUAAUGGUUCGUUAAGGUUGAAAGCGAGCAAGAUCAAUAAUACUGUUGGCCUGGCUAAUGCUUCCACUCAAAAUCAGGAAAAUGGAAGCAGAAAAGGUGUUUCAAUGACAAAUGAGUCUGCAGAUAUAUGUAGGGCCAGUAAUGGUGGUAGAACAGAUACCUUGAUAUCUCUCAUCAGAUCGGAUGUGAGCAAGCUCAGCAGCUUUAAGACACUUGAAAGCGAAGAGGGUCGGGUUUCAUCAACAAAACUAAAGCCUUCGAAUAUGCUAAUGCAACUAAUCUCAUGUGGAUCAGUUUCAGUAGCGGAUCAUAGAUUUGGCCUUAUACAUACAUACAAAUCAAGAUUAAGUUUAGGGAAGCUUGAUUGCCUGAAAAGGAAUCAGAGGUUAAUGGGGUUGGAAGAUGAGGAAUAUUUCUGUGGAAGCUGGAUGGAGCCUACUCUUCCCAAGGAACGAGUACCUCCUGCCUUAAAGCGGUCAUCUUUCGCUGCUGAGAGGACUAAUGGAGACGCAGUUGAAGAUAAAAAUGAGCCGAGCUCCACACGCUCAAAGUGCAUGGGACAUUCUAUCAAGGCUUCCCUGAAUAAUAAUCUGCCAAAUAAUGAGUCAAUUAGAUCCCCUCUUUCUGAAAGUCCAAGAACCUCAUCUGAAGGAGAAGACACAUCAAGAACGAUUGCGUCUGGCAUAUCCACAAGUGGAAGUAAACGAAUCACAGAGUUUUCCCAAGAGAGAAACAUUCCAAGGGUAUAGAGACUCUUGCAGAAUGAGAAAGAAAAAGUGAUAUAAAUUGAAGAAACGUAAGUUUUGGCUAACUAAAGAGAUACUAAUUUGCUUGAUCGCGAAUUGUUUAGGUUGAUGUUUCAUUUGUUUCUAACAGGCUUGUUUCCGGAGCUUAAAUUAUAAUACAGUCGAAAGACUCUUCAAACAACUAUGGUCACAAUUAAGGAGGAGUUUUGAAGUUAAGCAAGCAUAAGCUUUUGUUUAACAAAGUAUGGAAGUUUGUUCUUUUUGUAACUAGUUGUCCUUAUCUUAUUGGAAGCGAUAUACCAAUACGUUUCCGUAAAGAGUUAAUACUCUAAAAUCCCCUUAAACUAUCUAACUUUUAUUGGUUCCUACUGUAAUUAUUCGGUGUCCGGAAAACCUCCAUCUGAACUUUAUUCUCUUUCGUACUAAAACCCCAUAGUAUGAGGUAUGUUUAGUACACCCUCUUAAUUAAUAAAUAAAUGCAAUAUGUCAUGACU